AUGGGUCCAGCCACAAACCAAAGAUAUAUUCCUCUACCAGCAAUCCUGAUCAUCCUAAUUCUGAUACAUUCCGCUCCAGCCAUCUCCUCCCUUAACAACCGAACAGCAUAUGAGGUUCUUGAGGACUACAACUUCCCAGUUGGCCUUCUUCCCAAAGGGGUCAAACACUAUGACCUCAACAUCAUCACAGGUGAAUUCUCAGUCCAUUUCAAUCAUACCUGCAGCUUCUCUCUUAAAAGCUCCUAUCAUUUGAAGUAUAAGCCCACUAUCAAAGGUUACAUAUCAAAUGGCAAGCUAUUUAGAUUGAAGGGCGUUUAUGAGAGGUUGUUCUUGGUGUGGGUGGAGAUAGAAGAGAUCAUCCGAAGCGGAGAUGAUCUUGUUUUUUCUGUGGGAGUUUUGUCCUCCGUAUUUCCCAUCGACUACUUUGAGGAGAGCCCUCAAUGUGGGUGUGGCUUCCGAUGUGGUGGUGGGCAAGUAAGGAAGCUUAGAACAAACCCUUUCGUUUCUCCAUAUGAAGGGAGUUGAAGACAAAGAUUUUGGAGUAUUUAGAAGCUUAGCGCUGCUCUAUGCCAUGUACUGGAUGGCAGCACAAGUUUCUCAUCCAUCAAAACAGUAUAGACUAUGUAUGGGUUUAACAUUGAUGGAAGAAAAGUGGGGAGCAAGAUGUAAACAAAAUGAUUUCUUUCAUUCACAUAUAUAAGUUAUUUAUAAGUUUGGUGAUUUGCUUU